GUGAAACAAUGAAUUUUUCCGUUCCGUUGAUGAUAUAGAGAAGAAUUUACCUGAACCGCAAAGACUGUAGUACCUCCGCGGUCAGGAACUGGAAGUUGGGUAGCCCACUGUCGCUCCUCCGUCGAGCACGGCUUCAAUGUAUCCGUCUAUCUUGUUUUUGAAGCAGUUCACAGUGUUCUGGUAACGCAGUUGGACACAGUUCUGACACUAAAAGCUUGACUUCUCGCCCUACUCCUUGCGACCAGGAUGUCUGCAGACGGUGGUCUCGGUGUGGUGGCGGUGCACCUGGGCACGGGGUACCACUCCGUGAGGGAGGCUCCUGUGUACGCCCGGGCGUGCCGCGCGGCUCUGCGGGCGGGGUUGGCACGACUCCGGGCGGGGGGAUCGGCGCGGGAGGCCGCCUGCGCCGCCGUGGCCGCGCUGGAGGACGCCCCCUGCACCAACGCCGGCACCGGAGCCAACCUUACGCUCGGCGGGACCGUGGAGUGCGACGCCGGCGUCAUGGACGGGGAGACCCGCCUCUUCGGCGCGGUUGGAGCGGUUAGCUCUCUCCGGAAUCCCGUUCUGGCUGCACGGACCCUCCUGGAGGAGCAGUGGGCCGGUCCGAUGACCCUGGGUCGGGUUUCGCCCUCAGUGCUGGUGGGGAGGGGGGCUGAGAGCUGGGCCAGGCAGCGCGGCAUCCAGGGGGCUGAUGGGAAAAAACUGGUCACCGAAAAGUCUGCUGCAAACUACAAGAGGUACAUGGAGAGGCUGGCAGCUGCAGAGCAGCGCAGGAAGGAACGCUCAGACUCACACAAGAGGAGGGCUUCAGCACAGCACGGGCAAGGGGCUGGGAAAAGGGUGUGUACUAGGAUGGAAGUACAAGGUCAAGGUGAUGAACAUGUCUUACAAAGUACUGCCAAUAAAGUAGAACUGGGUCAAGGAGACAGAAAUGUCUUACAAGGAACAAGCAAGGAUGUCUUACAUGUGCUGGUUCAGGGUCAAGGAGACGGCAACACCUUGCAGGAUACUUGUACUUCGGAGGAAGGAGGGUCCUUCCAGGGUGAAGGAGAUCUGGGCAAGAAAAGAGAUGAAGACAUCUCAGACAAAGGGAGGCUGUCGAGCAUUUCAGGUGAGGCAGGGACAGGUGUGAGUUCUGGAAGGGCAGGCAGGUUUGACCAUGGAGAACAGUCACUGGUGCACUCCAAGUCCGCUGUACAAGACUGGUCAGACUCGGACAUCCGAUUGGACACUGUCAGGCCUGUUGCCAUGGAUACGAGUGGGGACAUCCGAUUGGACACGGUUGGUGCCGUUGCCAUGGACGCGCUCGGUAACGUGAGUGCGGCGGUGUCGAGUGGCGGGCUGGCGCUGAAGCAGCCGGGCCGGCUGGGUCACGCUGCCAUGUACGGCUGCGGCUGCUGGGCAGUGCAGGAGAGCCCCCUGUCUGUGGCCUGCAGUACUACAGGCUGUGGGGAGCACAUCAUGCAGACCUUGCUGGCGAGAGAGUGUGCGGAGUCUGUCCUGCGAGGGGAGGACACAAACCGUUCCUUAGACCAGGCGCUCAAGUCCAAGUUCCUUCAUUCUCCCUUCCUUAGAAACGUAGAUAAGAAAAUCGGAGGCGUUAUUCUCCUGAGAUGUGAAGAGGUCGAAGGUGAGAGUGACCCGGCUGUGGAGGUCAUGUGGGGUCACACGGCGGACAGCAUGUGUGUCGGGUUCAUCUCCACACGCGACGACAGGCCACAGGUCAGGAUGUCACGUCUGCCUGCAGGUCAGAGGUCAGGCCAGGCCGUGGUGACAGAAGGUUGUUUUGUGAGGUGAUCCCAGAGGUCAGAGGUCAAGACAAGUAGAGGUUUUGUUGAAUAGAAUACUUUUGGUGAUAGAAUACUGUUUUGUGAGAUGACCCAGCAGGUCAUAGUUCAGGACAAGCUGUGGUGACAGGUUAUUUUUGAGAUGACCUAGCAGGUCAUAGGUCAUGCAGGACAAGCCAGGUGACAGAUUUUUUAUGACCUUAACAUCAGAGGUCAGGACAGCUCGUGUUGACAGAGGAUGUAUCUAAAGAUAUUAUACACCAAGAGUUUUAUCAUGUAUUACAUGAAACUGCGUAUUGACUCAAUGAUUGUCUUAACUUUGCAAACAUAGAAUUUUUUACUUCGUUUAAAAUCCAUCCCAUUGUCUACAGUGUCAAAGCAGCACAAAGCUUCUUCUUCGUCUUAACAUUAAAGAAAUUCAUGAGAUUCAGACUGAAGUGCAGUAGGCCAUUACUAUAUAAGUUUCAAAAGUAGAAUCUUGUUAACAAAUUAAAUCAUGUGUCAAGGAAAGACUGUGAUGCGUUUCUGAAAGUAUAUAAAGGCGAAAA